AUGGCAACGGAUGAGCCGUUACUGAUGCUCACGGAAUACAAACGGGACAUACGUUUGGCCCGACUGUCCACUGAUGGCAAUCAUACCAUAUAUUACUCACAAUCAGAGCAACAAAAGUGUGUGACUAAAGACAUUGUUGUGGAUCCGUUGGAAGCGUUACUCUUUUGGAGUGAAUACAUAGACACGAGUCCUGGCAAUCCUAACAACCGAUUCAAUCGCUAUUACGACGACAACCACUACAGGAGUCGUAUAAUGCGAUCGACACAAGACGGACGACACGUCCAGACACUCGUUCCCUCAGAGCGUAUACGCGAACAGACACUCAAUCUGGACAUCGAUGGCCACCGGAUCUAUUGGAUUGAUUGGUUUAUAAGAACCAUUAAUGAGUUGCAUAGCGUCCGAUACGAUGGCACCGACAGGCGGUUACACCAAUUGUUGUCCAAUUCAUACUCGUAUAUGUUUAUCAAUAUAUAUGGGGGUCACAUGUAUUGGGUCGCGACAUGUAUUGAUGUGAAGACAACAUCGGGUGUAGUGAGGGGUCAGACGAUAGAUGUGUUGAACGUAAGUAUUGACCAGUUUUUGGGUAUACCUUAUGCCGAACCACCCGUCGGGAGACUCCGGUUCGCCAAACCUGAACCCAUCAAAACACCAAAACCGGAUAUUAUCGAUGCGACUAAACCUAAAAACGUGUGCAUUCAAAAUGUGUCGCCAUUCUCCCCAAAUGUAAACGCAAGUGAGGACUGUUUGGUAUUAAACAUAUGGACACCAAAUGCGGGCAAUAAUAACACAAACAAAUCACAGCUCAAACCCAUUAUGUUUCACAUACACGGCGGCGGGUUAUCUGGGGGCUCGAUAUUUAAUGGACUGGAUAGUAAUGUGUUGGCCACACGAGGUGUGGUUUACGCCUCAGCAGCUUAUAGAUUAGGACAGUUGGGCUUUCUAUACGGGGAUCGGGAGGACGCGCCCGGAAAUGUCGGCUUUUAUGACCAGUUAUUAGCUCUCAAAUGGGUCAGAGAAAAUGCUGAACAGUUUGGCGGAGAUAGGGAUGAGAUCACGAUAUUGGGUGAGAGCGCCGGGAGUUGGUCGGUGUCCGCACACAUACUCUCCCCGCUAUCUAAAGGCCUAUUCAAGAGGGCUAUUAUGGAGAGCGGCGCCCAUUUGUAUAACAAGGAUAGGGAUAUCAUCAGUAAAGAGGAGUCAAUAUCUUUAGGCAAACGGAUAGCAAAAGAGCAAAAUUGCAGCGAAAGUGAGGAUUGGUUGCAAUGUUUGCGAGGAUUGGAUGCAAAUGUGUUUAACAAAUAUGUAGUUCCGAUGACAUAUCCCGUAUUGGGCACUGAAUUUCUGCCCAUUUCUGCCCAAAAGGCAUUUGCAAACAAAAAAUAUAAUUCAGAUGUGGAUAUAAUGGCCGGCAUUGCCAGUACUGAGGGCUCAAUGUUAGCUAUUUAUGCGAUACAUUUAAAAGACAAAUUAACUUUGAAUGACUUGAUUGAGGCAACAAAAGUAUCGGACAGUGUUUACCACGGAUUGGAUGUGAAACGUGUGGACGACUAUUAUCUACAAAAUGUCGACAAAAACAGUUCACUUGAGCUCAAGAAAGCGUUUUAUGAAUUAUACGGCGAUAUAAUAAUGAAAUGUCCGACAUAUCUGUUUGCUAAACAAGCUGCCAUAAAUAAACAACCUGGUCAUAAUGUAUAUUUCUACCAGAUCAGUUAUCAAAAUAAGCAUUUCGCCCAUCAAUAUGGUUGUGAUGUUGAGGGUAUGGGUGUCUGUCACGUCGCUGAAACAUCAUUUGUCUAUGGGUUGCCUUAUCUAAUACCCGACGCUUAUAGCGAUAUCGACGCUAUAUUUAGCGCAGACUUAAUGAAAAUGUGGACUAAUUUUGCUAAAUAUGGGUAAAUAUUAAUGCGAGAGAGAG